AUGGCUGUCGAAGCUGUACAAAUAUUGAGACGAAAUCGACCCGGUUCUAAAGCAAAGGAUUUUUGUCGCUGGCCAGACGAACCCUUUGAGGAAAUGGACAGUACACUUGCAGUCCAACAAUUCAUACAACAAACAAUACGACGCGAUCCCUCAAAUCUUGAAGCUAUUCUGAAAAUGCCUGAAGCUCAAGAUGAAGGUGUUUGGAAAUACGAACAUUUGAGACAAUUUUGCAUGGAGCUCAAUGGAUUGGCAGUAAAAUUACAAGCUGAAUGUAAGCCAGAAACUUGUACACAAAUGACUGCUACAGAGCAAUGGAUUUUUCUUUGUGCUGCACAUAAAACUCCAAAAGAAUGUCCUGCUAUUGACUACACAAGACACACCCUAGAUGGAGCUGCUUGCUUGCUUAACAGUAACAAGUACUUUCCCAGCAGGGUGAGUAUCAAGGAAUCAUCAGUAGCUAAGCUGGGUUCAGUUUGCAGAAGAGUCUACAGAAUAUUUUCCCAUGCAUACUUCCACCAUAGGGCCAUCUUUGAUGCCUUUGAGAAAGAGACUCACCUUUGCAAGAGAUUUACUUAUUUUGUUACAAAAUAUUCAAUAAUUUCAAAAGAUAUUCUGAUCCUGCCCAAGCUGGAUGAUGAACAACCUGUUGGUGAAUCGGAAGCCUGA